AUGCAACUUGCCAAAUUCCACAAAUGUUGGGAGUACGUUCAUAAUAUAUUUGUCAUGGAUGAUCGAAAAACAAAUAUGCAUGUCCAACAAACGGAGAUACCACCCAAAUUACGUCAGAUGGUGGAUUUACUCGUGGAUGAAGAAGCACGACAGGAAGAUAAUACAACAGGUGUAUGUAUGGAAUACUUUUUAAAGAACGGCGUCUUACAGUAUCUGGUGACGGUGGCAGAAAAAGCAGAUUACCCUGUGGGUAUCCGGGGGGAAGCAAUUCGAGCCAUUGCUAGUAUGGUAGAUUUGUUGGAUGAUCGGUUUUUGGUUCACAAUGCUGUUCAUAAACCCACAAUUAAGUUAUUACGUUUCUGUGUUUUGGAUGAUCGUCAAAGCGAGUUGUAUAGUGAUGAUUUAGUCGACCUGAUGUACAUUAUUUGUUCCAAAAUUCAUGGAUUUCCUGCCUUGUUGAAUAUUUUCUUUCAUGACAAACAUUGGUUAACAACACCUCAAAAAAGCUCCGAUCAUCACCCGUUACAUGAAACCAUUGAACAAGAGCCAGAAUAUGAAUUUCUACUCUUCACUUAUUUAUUACGCUUUGUGCAUCGUGAAGGUAGAUCAGGCGAUUUUGCUCGUACAGGACUGUUGUUUAUUAUGGAAAUGGCAAAUGAUCAAUUGGGCGAUUUUAUUUUGGGAUCUGAUUUUGCAACCAUCAUGGCCGCUGGACUCGGCGCUUUGUAUUCUCAGCUCCCAAGAAAGUUAAUUGUACAAGAUGAGGACGAUCAAAUAUACGCAAAUCCAACCAGUUUUUUACUGGGUCAAGACUCCAUCGAAUCAAUUCCAUCACACAACAAUAUCAGAUUCCCUGUUGGAUUAGGUGCAGAGUAUUCCAAUUCACCUGAAUUUAAAUAUCAAUUGGAUUCCUUUUUAAAAUUAUUAGAGUUUUGCCAAGAUGUACUUACACGUUGCCCAAAUGCAGAGAUUUCCCUAUCGUUAUUGACAAGCGUGCGUACCAUAUUCUUAGAAAAUAUUCUGUAUCCAUCCAUUUUGGAAUGUUCAGAUAUCGAUGGCUCUUCCGUAGCAGUCAUCAGUUACAUAGACAUCAUUUUGCAGACGAUCCAACAAGAGGAUUUAGCAAGAGUAGUAGUUGGAUAUUUGAUAGACGACGAAGAUCAACAAUCUUCAGGCCCAUCACUUGUAGCAACACCUGCACCUACCACAGAAGAGGCCGAAGAUUACAUCGCAAGCGCAGUUGAAAAACUCGAAAUCAAUCGAAAGAACUCUACAUCAACCCAUUUUACCCUCAAAGAUUUAAUUUUCAGUCGACUUAAGUCCAACUCACAAACUACCGUCAUCGCAACAUUAAAGCUUCUCAAGACAAUCAUCAAGAAUCAUUGUCAGUAUUCCCUUAAUUUACUAUCCAUUUACCCCGACAACCUGAAUAAUCCAACCAUUAUUUCUCACCACCUUCGCGAAGUUGAAUUGUAUUUUUCGCUCAUCAUAGCCAUCGAUUCGGAUCACGCCAAGGAUGUAUUGGCAUGUGGCUACGAGGACUAUCUUCGUGACGUGGAAAUGACUAUCGAUUCAGAUUAUUGCUAUCAAAGUAUUAGUCCCGCAAACGCUCCAACUGAUGGAAAUCGAAACAGUACUCAAGAAAUGCCAAAAGCCAAAAGAAGAAGAAGUUUUAAGUACGGCCAACGCUAUGAAGAUAUUAAGAAGGAAGAAAGGGAAGAGCAAGAAAAACGACAAAAGAGAAAGCAAAAUAUUAAAUGCCAUGGAGUCAAGACACUAUCCAGACAUCGUAUACGAUCGACCGACCCCCUUUUACAAAUCUUACUAAGCUUGUUAAGUCACUUCUUUACUCAAUCAUCCGAAUUAAAUUUGGCAUUGACAGGUGUCAUUACGGCUUUAGCACUCUGUCCUUAUCGCAGUUUACAAGGCUGGAUAUCAUUCAGUGAAACAGACCGUACCAAUCGUGAUGAUAUACUUGUGUUGAAUUCGGAUGGACAGCCCGCUGUCAACAAGACUAAAAUUCGUAGCCAAGAUAUUUAUGCUCAUUAUGACACCAGUGCACCAGUAGAUGAAGACGAUGAUGAUGAUGACAGAUCUGUUGAUUUCGGUGCUGAUAGAGAGUCGGCCAAAAUGACAUCACCCACAUACUUCAAGUCAUAUCCUCCAUUUUUUACUUUGCUUCGCACAUUGACUCAGCAAGUCGACUAUUAUAGAUCCGAAAUCCAAGCUUUUGAUAAGCUCCUGGAGGAACGACGCAAUGCUUUAAUCGCUGGUGAAACAUCAUUUUUAGAUAAUAGAGUUAUCAAACCAUCUACAUCCCUCUCUACUGGAAACCGCUCCAUUAGUACGGGAGCCCAACAAUUAAAUACAAGCGGGAUUUUGAAUAGAAGACCUUCUGUGCUUCGAUCCUCGUUGUCUACAGACCCAACACCUGUUUUAAGUCCAUCCUCAUCCAGUUCCACAAUGGCAUUGGGAUCUAGCCCACGUAUAUCUGCCAAUCCACCACAAGUGCCGCCUAUCAAUAUGAAUGUCAUUAUGAACAACCCUAUGUCACCGUUGGCAUUACAUGUUCGAAAGACUUCAAGUAUGAGAAUCCAACCUUUAUUCCCAUCCAAUUUUGUCAGUGAAAGAGAGGAGCCUAUCUUGGAUUUAGAUGAUGAAGACGAGCAUACAUUUGCACCCAAGUCAGCGGACCCAUCUAGACCUAAACGUAUAGACAAGAGCACCGAAAUUACUCUUUCUAUGCUGUUAAAUAAUGUUGUGAUUCUGGAGGAAAGCAUUAAGGAGCUGGUUGCCUUAAUGCAAGUGAGACGUAGUUUAGGAAUAGACGAAAUUUCCUAUGUUUAA